UAGGGGCUAGAAAUUAAAAAUUAGGUAUAAAAAUGACGUCUUCCAAGGGUGGUCACGUCGGUGCAGACAGCGGACCGAUGAAGGCUGCUUCUUCUUCUAUGAUUGGCUCCAAGGCCAAGUCUCACCAGAAAUCUCGUGAGAAGAGUACUGUAAUAGCCCGUGCUCGUGAGCAUUAUGCAUCUCAGUUUCCAACUGCGUAUCCCAUGGAGAGUCAUCUUUGGGGAUUUGACCAUUCUCGUAAGCAGUGGCGCAAGUGCAACGUAGUUCACGCACGGCCUCGUGUUGGCAACAUUGAUAUGAAAUCUAUCAGUGCUCGUGACUAUGACUACUACAUCCACUGGUUGGGAUCAGAUCGCAGGUUAGACUGUUGGUUGGACAUUAGUGAUGUUCGUACUCUAGAGGAGGGUCCAAUAGAUGGUGACGACGUGUCGCAUGACGUUGAGGAAGAGGUCCAUGAUCACGGAGGUAUGGAUGAAGAGUACUUACGUGAGCAUGAGAUGAACACUAAGUUGAAGACUAUUCAGCGCGUUAAGUUAGGUCCAUAUUUGGUAGACGCCUGGUACUUUUCGCCUUAUCCAAAACCUUAUCAAGACCUUGAUAUAUUAUAUAUUUGCGAGUUCUGCUUACUUUUCUUUGUAGAUGAGUCAGAAUUAACGUGGCAUAUACCACGUUGUGAUUUACGUCAUCCUCCUGGCAAUGAGAUUUACCGUGAUGGCAACUUGGCAAUGUUUGAGGUGGACGGCGCUUUGAGUAGUAUCUAUUGUGAGAAUUUGUGCUACUUAUCCAAGUUAUUUUUGGACCACAAGAGUUUGCGUCAUACUGUUAAUUUAUUUAUUUUCUAUGUGAUGACGGAAGUUGAUGACAAUGGAUAUCACAUUACAGGAUACUUUUCUAAGGAAAAGCACAGUAGCAACAACGUAUCUUGUAUUUUAUCGCUACCUCAACAUCAACGCAAGGGUUAUGGUAAAUUUCUAACAGCGUUCAGUUAUUUAUUGUCCCGUAAGGAGGGUCGCACAGGUACUCCUGAGCGUCCUUUAUCUGAUUUGGGUCGUGCUUCUUAUAUGUCAUAUUGGUCUGAGGUACUGCUUGAAAUACUAUUUGACCCACGGUACGAGAAUGUUACAAUAGAGAUGCUAUCGCACAUGACUUGCUUCGAGCCCAAUGACAUUAUAAUGUGUUUGGAGGAGUUGGGUCUCUUACAUACACUAUCUAAUGGUAGAUCUGUGAUAACGAUACUUCCCGAGAAGAAAGAGGAGCUGCAGUCUAAAUCUCGUACUAAGACUCGUAAACUUUACAUGGAGAAGCUGCAUUGGAUUCCUUAUGACUCACAUCACGAAGCAGCUCCAGUUUGAUACAUUAACAUUCUGUGCAACUAAUAU